ACGUGAUGGUAAAUUAAAAGGCCAAACAAAUGACGUAGAGGAAAUGUUAAUAGUCGCGUAAAUUACGUAAGGAAAUUAAAUAGGUUUUAGUAUGGCGGCUCCUAUGGCUAUGGCACAACAGCAACCCCCGCAGCAGCAGCCACAUGUGUCGGCUCAACAGCAGCAGUCUCAACUUCAGCAGUCACAGGGGAAUCAACAACAACAGCAACAAGACUUUGACCCAGUGCAUCGCUUUCGUCUCCUUAUACCGCAACUGAAGGAGUGCCUGCAGAACCUAAUGAAGAUUGCUGCACAGAACCUUGUACAGAACACCAAUAUUGACAAUGGGCAGAAGAGCAGUGACGGGCCUGUGCAGAGAUUUGAUAAAAGUCUGGAGGAGUUUUAUGCACUUUGUGACCAGGUAGAGCUGUGUCUGAGGCUAGCUUAUGAAUGCUUAUCUCAAAGCUUCGACAGUGCAAAACACUCUCCCAACCUUGUUCCUACAGCUACCAAACCAGAUGCAGUACAAGCAGAGAGCUUGUCCUACACACAGUAUUUGAGCAUGAUAAAGUCACAGAUCGCUUGUGCUAAGGAUAUCCACAACGCUUUAUUGGAAUGCUCCCAAAAAAUCAAAGGCAAGGAUAGCCUUUGAAUGUUCGCACAUCUUUGGCAGCACCAAAAUGGAUGGAUUUGAUUCUCUAGUCUAUGAUUUAAAGAGAAAAAACAUUAUUGGAAACACCAGCUGUAUAUUUUAAAUGUGCCAUUUCUUUUGAUGGGUGCUUCAGCUUUCAUUUACCGGGUUACUCAGAAUAGUUCAUAGAUUGACAUUUUGGUGGGGUUCAGUAUCUAUCCACUUAUGUAACACAGUGUGAUGUGGUUAUGGACUUAGUAGGAGUUUUACUUUGUUGCUGUGCGACAAUGUUAUUUUUCUUUAAUAUCAGGUCAUGUGCAGACAUAAGUGUACAUUUGAUUACUACAUUUAUACAGUACUGUAUUGUAUGUUAAACUUCUGCAAGCAGUGUUAAGCUGUUUUGUGUUACUAUAUGAAGCUGACUGUUCUGCACCUACACACAGAACUACUUUUUUGUAUUUUUGAGGUACUGUUGAAGACUGCCUCUUCCUUCUGCAGUUCAAAUUGUCAUUUUUUUAUAGUCCUUAAAACUGUUGGCAUAUGGCUUUAACUUUCCAUAAACUGAGGGCAGUGUUAACUUCCCUGUUUUCACCUUGCUUCCUUUGUACUACUAUCCUCUUCUUGUUGCUAACCAUCAUCCUUUCUUUUACCCCUGAUCUCAUGACAUGGGGAAUAUACAAUUCUGAUGGCUGUUGUCUAACAGCAAUGAGAAGAGAUCAUGAAAGCCACUUUUCAGCAAAGGCUGAUUGUUGCUGUUGUCCGCUAUUAGACACACACACACACACACACACACACACACACACACACACACACACACACACACACGUGUGUGUGUAUAUAAAUAUAAAAGUUAGGGGGUAUGGAUUGGGGGGGGCGGUUGAGGGGGCUGCCCCCUAUGAAAAAUGUUGCUGUCUUUCAGCAAUUAUUUUUAAAGUCAAGCAGCUAUUUAACAGAUGGUCAUGAAUCAUCAUGUGUAUUAACCUGCCCUGCUUCUUGAAAAUGAGCACUUGUCUCCUCUGUGAAAUAAGGCUCUUGUUUUCUCAGCCCUUUCCCCAUUGUUUGUUUCCUGUUUCUGUGCCAUGUUCCUUUGCCAAAUGCCCAGCCUUAACCAUAUGCCAUUUCUGCAUCAGAAAAGGCAAUCUUCCUUCUUAAAGCUUCAUUAGUUUUCUGGAUAACCUGUCCUAAUUUAACACCAGAUUGUUGCUGUAGCAGGGUGAGGGAGAUUCUUGAUAAAUGGCUGUAAUUCAUUACAUUUUUCUAUGAGUGUAUUUUUCUACAUUUAUACUUCUUUUUGAAAGGCAUUUUUCUUCUGUAAUUUAAUUUUGACAUUGAUUUUUUUCUGCAUACUGUUUUUAAGUUCUCCAUAGUACUGACCUUGGUUACAUUAACUGGGAAGUUAUUCAAAGAACUGCAGGACUGGUAACUGUAGGACUUUCAUGUGUUCCAAUAACUAUUUAUUAAUGACUUUAAUACUGAGGUGAAAAAAAGCCAAGAAGUAAUGGAUUGCUUCUACAGCAGAAUAAAAUUGUUUUAAAUGUGUUGUAAAUAAA